UGGUUGCGGGCCGCUGCGCGGCAACACCAGGCGUCCCUGGAAGCGGGAAAGCUAGGAACCCGGGUGGUGCUGGGGAAGCUGCGCAGACCCGGGAACCCUUGCCCAGAACUUUCCGGGGUGAGGGACAGAUUGUUUCUAUUAUACACAUGUGGUUAUUGAAACCUUGAGAAGUGAAGGACCUUGCCUAAUUUACCUAAGGUCGUGCCGCUGAUUCUGGGAUUGGCAGGAGAUGGAUGAGUGCGAUUGGAUGACCCCUCCCCUACAAUUGUUAUGGCUCAUAGAAGAUCUCAGGCCUGGUGGCAAAUAGGACUCAUCAGAUUUCAACUGAUCUGUUGGCAUUUGAGCCCAGACCAAUCAUGGCCGGAAGACCUGUCCGCAUAGGAGACCAGCUGGUUCUGGAGGAAGAUUAUGAUGAGACCUACAUCCCCAGUGAGCAAGAGAUUCUCGAAUUUGCCAGAGAGAUAGGUAUUGAUCCCAUCAAGGAACCGGAACUGAUGUGGCUGGCACGGGAGGGCAUUGUGGCCCCACUGCCCAUGGAGUGGAAACCCUGCCAGGAUAUCACAGGUGAUAUUUACUAUUUCAACUUUGCCAAUGGGCAGUCUACCUGGGACCACCCCUGUGAUGAGCACUAUCGGAACUUGGUAAUCCAAGAGCGAGGGAAGCUGUCAGCUUCUGGGGCCAUUAAGAAGAAAGACAAGAAAAAGAAAAAGGAAAAGAAAGAGAAAAAAGACAAAGAGACCUCGAAAAGUCCCAUGGCCCUGGGCUCCUCAUUAGCCCCAGUCCAUGUUCCUGUUGGGGGCCUGGCUCCCUUACGAGGCCUAGAGGAUGCCCCACCCUCUGCUCUUCGUGUUUCUCAAAGUGUGAGCUUAGGGAACGCAGUGGAGUCUGGCCAGCUCGGAGAACUCACGCUGCCUUCACAGGGUCUCAAGACUUCUGCUUAUGCAAAUGGUCGGGUGGGCUCCCUCCAUGAGGACAAGAAUGCUGUCAGCCUCUUUGCUUUAGGGGAGGAGGCCAAUGAGGACGAUGAGGUGGAGAGUGACAACCAGAGCAUUGGCAGCUCAAGUGAGCUUCUUAAGAACCUGCACCUGGACAUUGGGGUCCUGGGAGGCGACUUUGAGUAUGAGGCGUCUCCAAGAACAAGCAAGCCAGAGGAGAAGGACGUCUCUCUCGGAUUCCACGCUUCCUGCCCCACUGCUCCCUGCAGGCUCUUUAGCCAGGCUGCAGAGAGCAGUUUGACCAGUGCAGACGACAGAGGGCAGCAGGGGAGAGAGGCGAGCACUUGGCUCCCAGGGAUAGAAAAGAAUCACAAGAGUGAUCCUGUAAUGUCCAAGAGUCUGGUGGACCCCGGGGGCAAUCAGCCUGCCAAAUCCAAUAAAAAAGAUGCACCAGAGGACCCGGUGGCUGCAGGAGAGGAGGGUUCCAGGAAGGAAGAGGCAGCAAAGGAGCUGAAGAAGGAGGCUGCUGUUUCAAAAGAGAGCAGAUCAGAUGCCAGUGAAGAGCCAGAGAUCAGUGAACACAUGAAGAAACUUCAGCUGUCCUACUCCACUGCUUCCGACCCCAAGUCAUUCCUUGGCCUGGACUUUGGUUCUCGUAGCCGAACCUCAGAGCACCUGCUGGAUGUUGAUGUGCUUUCCCCAGUGCUGGAUGGAGCCCACUGGGAGGCCCAGAGUUUGUGUAGAGAAGACAAGGAUAACAGCCAAUCCAGUGAAGAUGAGCUACAGAGCAAGCAGUCCAAGGGCUCAGAGAGGUUGUCUCCUUUACUUCUGCAUGGGGAGCGACUCAAGAGUCCCCUUCACAGCCAGGCCACUGAAAAGGGGCCUCUGCAGGCCCCUGAUGAGCAGCCUGAGUGGAGUGGGGCAGAGGAGCCUGAGGAGGUUCCUGCAGGCAGCUCCAUUCUGCCUGAUUCCCUGCAAAGAGAGAAGACAGCAUGCCAUGCCACACAGGGUCACGUGGGGAAGGACCAACGCUGCUCAGGAGACAGAAGAGGCGAGAAGGGAGAACGUGGUCCAGAACCUUUAUUAGGGUUUUCGUGGAAAGGAGUGGAUGAGGCAGGGCAAUCUCCAGAGCUUGUGGUUCCCCUAGAGCAGCUCUCAGAAGCCACUGUGAAAGCCAUGGAAGAGGCAGUGGCCCAAGAACUUGAGCAAGAUCAGAGGCAACUACUGGAAUUGAAGCAAGAGAAGAUGCAGCAGCUGCGGGAAAAGCUGUGGCAGGAGGAGGAAGAGGAGAUCUUCCAGCUUCACCAACAGAAAGAGAAGUCUCUUAGUUUCUUAAAGGAGCAGCUACAGAAAGCUGCUAAAGAAGAGGGGACUCGGAUGAGAGAGGAGGAAAGCCAGAGGCUGUCCCAGCUCCAGGCCCAGGUCCAGUGCCGCACAGAAGCACUUGAGGACCAGAUCAGGGCUGAGCAAGAGGCAUCUCUGCAGAGACUGAGAGAGGAGUUGGAGUCUCUACAGAAGAGCGAAAGGGCCAACUUGGAACGGAGAAAUAAGCAAAUGCUGGAGCAGCUCAAGGAAGAGAUGGAGGCUUUGGGGAAGAAAGAGCAGGCUGCCCUGAUCACUGAGAAAGAGGAAGCUCUGCAGCAGCUGAGGGAGCGGCUGGAAGGAGAGAGGAAGGAAGUGGUGGCAGCACUGGAGAGGGAGCACAGAGCUGAGCUGGAGCAGCUCUCUUCCUCCCUGAAGGCCAAGCAUAAACAGGUCGUCUCCAGGCUCCAGAAGAAGAUAGAGGAAGCUCAGCAGAAAGAGGAGGCCCAGCUGCAAGAGAGCCUGGUAGGGACAGAGCAGAGAGCGCAGCACAGAGUUCACCAAGUACUAGAAUAUGAGCAAGAGCUCAGUGCUCUCCUGAGAGAGAAGCGCCAGGAGGUGGAAAGGGAACAUGAGAGGAAGAUGGACAAGAUGAAAGAGGAGCACCAACAAGUGCUGUCUGAGGCCAGAGAGCAGUAUGAAGCUGAGGAGAGGAGGCAGCGGGCUGAACUCCUGGGGCACCUGACUGGAGAGCUGGAGCGCCUGCGAAGGGCUCACGAGCGAGAACUGGAGACCGUGAGGCAGGAGCAAGACAGGCGGCUGGAGGACUUGCGGCAUCGGCAGUGGGAGCAGGAAAGGAAACUUCGAGAUUUAGAGGUAGAACUUGAAACCAGAGCCAAAGAUGUCAAGGCCAGAGUGGCUGAGCUAGACAUCCAGGAGGAGAUUGUCCAGAAGGAGAAGAAGCAGCAGCUCCUUGAUGUGAAGAAGCAGGUUGAGCUGGAGAGCAAGGAAGUCACAGCCACCCGUCAUCAACUGGAAGAGGCAAAGGAGGAGCACACCCAGCUGUUGGAGUCAAACCAGCAGCUCCGAAGAAUUCUCGGUGAGCUUCGGACCCGCAAGUUGGAGCUGGAAUCCCAGGUGGAUCUGCUGCAGACCCAGACUCAGAGGCUGCAGAAGCACAUCAGUGACCUGGAGGCCAAAGCUCAGAGGAAGCAGGACACACUGAAAGAGCUGGCGGUCAAGAAGAGCAGUGCCUCCCUGUGUUUUGAGCCAGAUCUCCACAUUGAGGACCUGAGGAGAUCCCUUGGAACCAGCCAGACCGAAGAGGUACCCUCUUCUGUUUUCCAGAGCAAGGAGGACACCGACUUGUCCCUGGACAGCUUCCGGCACUACCUCUCUGCUGAGGGGGUAGCUCUCCACAGUGCCAGGGAGUUCCUGGUGCGGCAGAAACACUCCAUGCGGAGGCGGCGGAUAGCUCUGAAAGCCGCCCAGCAGCACUGGCACCGUGAGUUGGCUAGUGCUCCAGACGCACCCAAAGACCCGAUAGGCACCACGGCUCUGGAGGAUGUGCAGAAGGACCUGCAGGAGGAGGAGAGACACCUGGAUGAGAUGCAGUCGGCCAUGCGGAAAGGCCACAACCUCCUCAAGAAGAAAGAGGAGAAGCUGAGUCAGCUGGAGUCCUCUCUUCAGGAAGAGGCUGCAGGUGAGGACACACUGAGAGGAGCCCCAACCAAGAAAGUGGUGACCUUUGACCUCAGCAGCUCAGAAGACACAAGCAGUGAAAGUUCAGAAUCCUGCCACCUGCCUCACAUUGGCCCGACAGAAAGCCCCACCUUACUCAACAAGAUUCACUACUUGGACAGCUCCCUGCAGCGGAUUAGCAGUCAGCUAAAUGAUGUCCUCAGCAUGCUGGGUGUCCUCAACACUCAGCCACCACCUCCGAGCCUCACUUCCACCCUGGCCCAGAUCCCACCCCCAUUCCGCAGGAGUGCUCUCAUUCCUGCCCACGCCUCCCCAGGCCGAGUCUCAGCCUCGUCCCCUGCUACACCCAUGUACACCCAGAGGGCCUGGGCCCCUGGGCUCUCCUCUGUGACUCAAACGGUGGAUGACUUCCUCGUAGAGAAGUGGCGCAAGUAUUUUCCAACUGGGGUCCCAUUCCUCAGCAGCAGCCCUGCCCCCUUGGAGAACAGGCUGGGUUACAUGUCUGCCAGUGAGCAGCUCCGCCUCCUGCCGAGGCCCCAGUCGCACAUUCCUGAUGUGGGCAGCACCAACUUUCAGGGCAUGAUUGAGGCUAACCUGAAGUGGCUAGAACGUUACAAGAGUGACCCCAAGUUACAUCUUUUCUCGGUGCAUAAGCCUUCAGCCACUCUGGGCUUUCAGCAGCUGGGCCUGGACCAGAACAACAGACUGAAGAUAUAUCACUCUUGAGGCCCUGAGUGGUGGCGUUUGGGGCACCUUGCACCCAGACCAAAGUGCUUGAGGAGGGCCCUGCACCUUAUUUCCUCUGAUAAAGCAUUCUUCUGUCCCCUCUUUGCUGCUUGCCCCACUCAAAACUUGGAGGAACUACAGAGGGGAAGUGGGCUGGGAGAAAGGAGAUAUGACCGAAAGCAGUGAGUCACCCGCAGUGAUCAUGUAAUGGAUCUCAGGCCAAAAUAUGUGGACUUUUCUGAGCUCCUGCAUGGACACAGCAACACUGGUGAGGCGCAUCGGGACAUGGGCACCUUCAGGAUGGGGUUUUAGAGGAGUUAAUGUCUAAGGCCAGGGGACUCCCUUCGGAGCCAAGUGGAUCCCUUGUACCUGCAGGGCACUUCUCAGUUCUGUGUAUGGUCCUCACUUCACCUGAACGAAGCCUCUGGCAUGUCCGUUCUCUGGGACCAGCCUCUGUGUCUCCAAUACCUCAGCCUCAUAGAGAUCAGGCCUUUUUCUUCUUUUCUUUUCUUUUCUUUUCUUUUCUUUUCUUUUCUUUUCUUUUCUUUUCUUUUCUUUUCUUUUCUUUUCUUUUCUUUUCUUUUCUUUUCUUUUCUUUUCUUUUCUUUUCUUUUCUUUUCUUUUCUUUUCUUUUCUUUUCUUUUUCCUCCCUCCCUCUUUUUUCUUUUUUAAAAUGUCCUCUUUCUUGAGCCCUCUGUUUCUCCCUUUAAAUAUCUCAGGAUUGGACUCGGAGCCCUGCCAGAGGUUUCUGGAGGCAGCGAGUUUUGUCACCUAUUGUUCUCCUGUUGACACUGUGCUGUUUCAGGGGCUGUCCUCAGUACCCCAGCCCCCUCCCUUCUCUGGGCUUUCUCCCCAGAGCCCUCCCAGCUGCUUUCUCAGGUCUCAAGCACACAACUUUCAGGAAGACAACAACAAGCCAUAGGAAAAGUCCGGGAUGGCUUCUGGUCCUCACCUUGCUUUUCUCCACCUUGGGUGUAUCCACGGGUUCUUUUUUCCAUCUUGUUACCUUUUCUACCUAUGCCUGCCCCUGCUGUCCCUUCCCAGAGCUUGGAGACUCAUUCUGAAGGAGGUAAAGAGCUGGGGCAUGACCUCACCUUGGCAGUGAGGGGUCUUGUGUCAUUUCGGCUCAGCUCCCUGCAGCCCCACUUCUCGUCAGCAGGCUCCCUAGGACUAUAGAGGGUGUUCUCUGAUGUCUGUCUCGUUUUUAAAUUUAAUGUCCCCAUUUUUUUGUCUUGAAAGCUUGGGGGGGGCUGCCCUUGCCGCUAUAAUGCCUAGAAACCAACUUGCCACCAUCCCACUGAUUUCUUUGUGCCAUGGAUUAAGAAAUGAAGAUCCUUGGCUUUUUACCCCACCCCCUACCCUAACCCCAUAUGUCUUGCCGUCAGCCUACCACAUAGAAAAAACCCAUUUUGUUGUGUGGUUGUUUUUGUGUGCUUCGGAACUAGUGUGCCUGUCACAGCCACCUCGGUUGACAAUCCCACAUUCUGUCCAUCAAGUAAAUCUCUGCAGGUCCAUGUUCUACAAGGUGGUUGUGUGAAUGUAUGUCCUGUCUGAAGGCCUUUAUUUCCUUCAUCUUAAGAAUAGAGGAAGGACAAUUUAAUAUUCAUAGAACAUUUCCUAGCUAAUCUAAUCAUUAUGACAAACCUAUGGUGCAGCAGUUUUCAUCUUUGUUUCUAUGAACAAGAAGAUCAAGGUUCAGAGGUCUUUAAGUACCUGGGGUCCUGGAGAAAGUAGCUGAAUUCCCUACAAGUAGAUUCCUUGCACCCAUCCCCAUGCCCUGGAGCCUGUCCCCUGCUGCCAGCCUUAGGAAGUGCUGACCUUCUCCAUCUGUUCCUUGGCCCCUCUCCCUGCUCUACUGCCUACCAGAUGGAGACCCACUGUGCAUUCCCCAAAGGGCACUAGUUUUCCCGUGCAGGCAAAUGAAGCCUGAAGCAGGGAAAUUUAGGGGGGUAUUUUUUCCCAACUCCAGCGGUGUGAACAACCUACAUACAGUGCAGACUUGGAUCUGCAGCAACAGAUAGGAGAACCAGCUGGAGAUGGCCAUGUUUCAUGGAUUUGCACAGGAAAACCAACUUAAAGAAAGAGCAUACAAACUAACCCAGGUGUCCUACCUGCUCCGAUGAAGGCAGGGAAAAGGAAGCAAGCUAACAUUUGUUGAAUACCUUCUGUAUACCAAGUACUUUUAGUAUGUAAUCCUUCAAACCUAUGAAGUUGGUAUUCGUAUUUUAUAGAUGAAAUAGUCAUUUAGGCUCAGAGGUUAAAUGGCUACAGUUUAAGGUCACCUAGGGUUUGAACCCAGGUUUAUACAUCUCUGAAAGCCACAUUUUGUUGACCAGUAUGCCAGCAUCUCCUGUCUUUCUCCUAGCUUGCAGAAGAGUCCUCACCAGCUUGCUCUAAAGACCUGGGCUGCAGGAAGGGGGUGGCUUCUGGCUGAGUGAGCACUGCCCCCUACUUCAUCCUGCCGUGGCCUGUGUUUACAAAGUGACUUUUUCAAGCCCGCAAAAUUGUCCCAUCCUUCCCCUCAUGGAUUUUAGAAUCUGCCUGGGGAGUCUAGAAUCAGACAUUUACAGCUGAAAGGAGCCUUGCAGAUGUCUGGUUCAGCACAUUCAUUUCACAGAGGAGGAAAUGGCCUGGGGAGGUUACAUGAGUUGGUCCAGAGUUAGUGUGUGGCAGAGGUGGGGCCAGAACCGAGGAACUGGUUCUGAAACUCCCAGUCUGAGGUUUCAGGAGUGUUUUUUGAAGGCUGUUUAUUUUGCAUAGGCUGUAUGUUCACAUGCUUAAUGUUUAAAUGGUGUCACUCCAUCACAGGCCAUCUGGUUUCCCCCUUGAAGGAAACAAAUAUACCAGUUCCCUCUGGAGGUUUUAUGCAAAUACAAGGAGAAAAAUGGAUACUCUUUUGAUGCUCUUCCCCUUUGUGGGUAGGGUUAAGAAUCAUUCCUAAUACAGGAAUAGACUCCCAAAGCUCUUUUGCAAGAGGUUCACUGGCUAUUUGCUUAUGAGAGAAAUAUUGGGAAUGAUAAUUGCCCCACUGCACCCCCUCAACUGCCACGAAACUUAUACAAAAUGGCAGUGUGGUGAGGAGGAAAACAACCCUGGCUCUAGGAUGCCUAGCUCUGACACCUACAAGCUCUGUGACCCGAACAGGUCCUUUCUGGGCCUGUGCCUUCCCUGCUCAAAAGUGCAAAGCCUGAAUCCAUGUCUCAGAGAAGAAGCAGGGUAGCUGCCUCAGCUUCAGUGGCCCUGAGGAUCUGCCGUGGGUGGGGAGCUGCCCUCUUCCAGAGGGAGGCUGGACUGCUGCCAGCGGCCUAGGAUAGAGCUUGGUGGGGUGGGGGGGUUUGUCAGUCCUGCUGCCAGCUUUGUCAGUGGAGAUGGGGAAGUGAUGGUUAUCAUCAGUGUCCUAAUAAAUUGGAA